AUGCCCGUUGCUUCUGUUGAAAUUGAUUGUACACCGAAAUGCCGUUCACCAACACAUUACCUAGACUUAAUAUGUGUUGCAUCUCAAUCUAUAUCAAUUCCAAUAAUACUCAAUUAUUUAUGUCGAUGUGGAAAUUGCGCAAAAGGCCAUGAUAAAUAUGGUCGAACAUUAAUACAAGUAUGCUCGGCUUUAUCUAACAAAUGGCCUAUAAUUGAUUGGUUAUUAAAACAAAAAAAAGUUGAUAUCAAUGCAAAAAAUUUAGAAUCAGGCUAUACUGCAUUACAUUAUAGUGUAUUCUAUGGAAGAAUUGAUAAUUCUGUCAAUCUUAUUAAAGCCGGUGCAAAUACAAGUCUAUUAGAUUAUGAUCAUAUGACAUAUAUUGAUCAUGUUAUUCGAGAUACAUUUAUUGAAACGCCGUCAGAACUAUUAGAUAUUGAAAGUUAUGAAGUAUAUACAAUGGGUGAGAAUACAAAUGGAAAUUUAGGACAUACUCAAUCAACAGCUAAAAAAGUUCCUGAAUUAAUUGAUAUAUUUCGUCGGGAUUCAAUUUGUAUAACAAAGGUUAAAAUGGAUAAAUAUCAUACGUUAUUUCUAUCAAAUAAUGGGUCAGUUUAUUCUUGUGGUGUCGGUGUUGGUGGACGUCUUGGACAUGAUAAUGAAGAAUCAGUUUUAAUUCCUAAACAAAUCAUGGCUAUGGAAACAAUCAAAGAAACUGAACAAGAUCGUUGUAUUGAUAUUGCUAUUACACGUGAUUGUUCAUAUUUUCUUACUGAAAAAGGAUGUUUAUGGAGUUGUGGUUUAAAUAAUUAUCAUCAAUUAGGUCAUCCUGGUGUAGUUAAACUUUUAGUACCAACAAAAAUGCAAUUUCGUCAAAUAAAAGAUAGAAAAAUUACUCAUAUAGCUUGUGGUCGUUUUCAUGUAGCAUUAAUUGUUGAUGAUAGUCAAUUAUUUACAUUUGGUCUUAAUGCUGGACAUCUUGGUCAUCCAAAAGGAAAUGAUUUAUAUAUUCAACAACCAUUACUUGUUACUAAAUUUAAUAGUCAAUCUGAACAUGUUCAAAAACUUGUUUGUAAUGAUCAUGCAAUUAUAUGUUAUACAAAUAAAGGAGAUAUUUAUGUCUUAAAUGAUUAUAAAUAUCGAAAAAUUGUUAAACAUGUUUUGAAUGUGACAGAAAUAGCCGUAGUAGGUGGAAAACUUGAAUCAAAUAGUGUACUUGAUGAAGAAAAUAUUGAUGAUGAUUUAAAAGUAUUUUAUGUGCAAUCAAAAAAAUUGUAUCUCUAUCAUGAACGUGAAUCAACUAAUAAUCGAGCAAAAUUAUGUUUAUGGACAACUAGACAACGAUUAACUAUUGAACAAAUAGUUGCUGGUACAAAUGCUGUUAUUUUUUCAACGAAUACUGGACAAGUUUAUACUGCAAGUCUUGAUAAAUUAUUAAAUGUUACUAAAAAAAUUGAACAUGACUCAUCAUCAAAUUCAAUUUAUGAUGAACGUGCAUAUCAAUAUUUAACUCCAUCACCUAUACCAUUGCUACAUCGAUGUCGAUCAUUAACAACUGAUCGUACAGGACGUUCAUUAGCUGCUCUUCAAUAUCAUCCAACAACUCAUUUACUAGCAUAUCCACGUCAACCGGAAUCAAAUUUUCAUGAAAAUUUACAUGAUUUACUUAAUGAAGCUGAACAUAUGCAUGAUAUUAUUCUUGAAAUAAAUAAUAAUCAAACAUUUCCAGCACAUAAAUAUAUAUUAUGUAUGCGUAGUUCAUAUUUUCGACAAUUAUUAUCGAAAAAACAAAUUGAUAAAUUAACAAUAAUUAAUGAUACAAAUAAAUCAAUUGAUCCUGAAAUGUUUCAAUUAAUUCUUGAAUAUAUUUAUACAGAUAAAUGUCCAUGGUUAAAUUUUGUUAAAAAAAUAAAAACACGUAAUGAACAUGAAUAUGAAGCUUAUUUAGCACAAAUGAAAAAUAUUAAUGAUGAUAUUGAUGAUCAUCGUUAUUUUGCUCGAAUUCGACAGCAAUCUACAAUAACAUCAGGAAAUCAUCAUCAUCAUCAUCAUCAUCAAAAAUAUGGAACAAAAUCUAAAAAGAAGAAAAAACCUGGUCAUAAUCCAUCACUAUCAAAUGAAUAUUUUAUUGAACAACAAUGUGAAGAAGAAUUAAAUAAUGGUUUAGAAAAUUUACUUGAACUUACUAAAUUAUUUCAAUUACAUAAUCUUCGUAAAAGACUUGAAACAAUAAAACAAAGUCGACAGAGAAAUUCUAAUAUAUUAGAUGAAUCAAUAGGUGAAAUUAAACAACGUUAUUAUUAUACAAGAGAAGCAUUAGCAGAUUUACAUGAUGUUACAAUUAUAUCUGAAGAUGGAAAAAAAAUUUCAUGUCAUAAAUGUAUUUUAACAAGUCGACUUGAUUAUUUUCGUAGUAUGUUUUUAGCUGAUUGGAUGGAAAGUCAAAGUAAUUCAGAAUUAAAAAUGACAAUACCAUCAGAUUUACUUGAAAUUAUUAUUGAUUAUUUAUAUACAGAUAAUAUUUCUAAUAAAUUCAAUGUUGAACAACUCUGUCAAAUUCUGGUUCUAUCCGAUCAAUUGUUAAUCGAACGACUUAAACAAAUAUGUGAAUUUCAUAUAGCAAAUUUAGUAACAUUUCGUGAUGCUGUUGAACUUCUUCAAUUUUCUGCUACAUAUAAUGCUGAACAAUUGAAAGCAUUUGUACAACAAUUUAUUGGUCGAAAUAUGGCUACAUUUCUUGAAGCACGUUUACUCGAUAAUCUUGAUAAUGAAUUAUUAAAUGAUUUAACAAAAUCCUAUAGAAAUUUACUUGAUUGUAUGAAUUAUCGAAUGAUAACACCAUAUAAUGAUUGUCCAUCAUUAGAUGAUCUUUUAAUUGAUCUUGAUUUAUUAGAAAAUUUACCAAUUGAUGUUGAUGAAACAACAACAUUUGGAUUAAAAAAACAACAAUCACAACAAAAACGAAAACAACAAAAUAAAUUACGUACAUCAGAAUCAGAUAAUAUUAAUAAAUCCUCGCCACCAGUAUCUAUUCAAACUGCUUCAAUUAUAACAACACCAACUCGUUCAAAAAUAUCAGAAGAAGAAAAAUGGACUUCAGUAUCAUCGAAAAAAACAUCGAAAAAUAGUAAAAAUGUACCAACACCAAAUGUAUCAAACAAUCCUCAAGUAGUAAGUCCAAUUCGACCAAUAAUUCCAGGUGCUGUUUAUACUCAAAAAGAAGCGGAUAAAUUAGCUGCAGCAAAAAAAGCAACAAAACAAGAAAUAAAUAUUAAUAAACUAGUAAUAAAGCCUCCAUCACCACAACAAAUUACAACAGCAUCAGUAAUUACAAAGGAUGAAUUAUCACCUAAAAAUCCUUGGAAAACAACAAAUAUUUCUUCAUCAAUACCAUUAAAAACAAUGAUUUCAAUAGAAAAAGAAAUGAAUGCAUCGAAACCAGUAACAACACCACGACCCACACCAACCACACAGUCAACUCGUUCAAUACCUAUUACCCAACUAUCACCACCUCCACAUGACACUGUUAAUCCAUGGUCAAUAUUAGCAACAUCACCAACAUCAUUAGCUUAUUCAAAUAUGUCUAUUGCUUCAUCACCACCAAUGUCAUUUAAACACAUUCAAGAUCAAGAAGCACGAGCACAUGAAGCUCUUCGACAAAUAACCAAUAAAUCACUUGAAAAAAUUCAGACAGAAGAAUUGGCUAUACAAGCAUUACAUCGUUUGUACAAUUCAGAUCAAGAAUUCGAUAUGGUAAUUACUAUCGAACGUGUUCUACCGGAAAUAGCAAAUCCAAUAUGGCCUCGUACAUCCACAACAACAGCAUCAUCAUUAUCGUCACCGAAUCUUAUUUUAAUUACACAAAAAAAAGGACAAAAAUGA